CUGUUUUAGAACUUAAUAAUUAGAUGUGAUAUUUUAAAUUAAUCGAAUGAGGAAUAAAUAGUUCUUUGUUCAAAUCGAUAUAUCGAUGGAUACGAUAACUUGUCGAGAAUCGACUUUGGAACACAUUCGCAGCAUUGGCAAAUGUUGGCAGCACUGUACUGUAGUCUUGCUAGUAUAUUUCCAUAUUUUCGACUUCCGUAUGUUUUUUGUUUGAUAUCGAAAGGAAAAAGAAACACAAUGGAGACUGUGCGACCAUGCGGUUGCAAAGGGAUACGCUCUUGUUUGAUUUGCGAAAUCGAAUAUGAGAUUUCGAAGCCAGAUUUGAAGAACGAGUUACAGAAAAACAAAAGUUACAUUUAUUGUCCACAUUGUGAUAAAUUAUCACCUGGAUGGGAUAUAGAUGAAUAUAAGAAACAUCCUUAUCACGAUGGGAAUUUAAUUGAUUAUCCUGGUGUUUACAUCAAGCUAGAUUUUUUAAAGGAAGAUGAGAGUAAGGAGCUCAUGAAAGCACUCGAUGAUAUUCCUUGGCAAGCUUCACAAAGCGGUAGAAGAAAACAGAAUUUUGGGCCAAAAUGUAAUUUCAAGAAGCGAAAAUUACAAUUAGGGUCAUUUAACGGCUUUCCCAAAACAACACAGUUUGUACAGAAGAAAUUUGAGGAAAUCCCGUUGUUACAUGAUUUUAAAACUAUUGAACAAUGUUCACUGGAAUAUGAUUCUGAACGAGGCGCGUCUAUCGAUCCCCACGUGGACGAUUGUUGGAUUUGGGGAGAACGAAUAGUAACCGUGAACGUUCUCGGUGAUUCUGUUUUGACUAUGACUCCUUAUCAUGGUCCGAUAACACGAUAUAAUUUAGACUACGUAUCAAAAUACGAUUCCAUCCUAGAAAAAGACAUGCACAAGACACGAUCUUUAGAUACUGAUGAUAACAUAGUAAUACGAUUACCAAUGCCUGCUAGAUCACUCAUGGUUUUAUAUGGUCCAGCAAGAUAUAAAUGGGAGCAUUCUGUGCUUCGACAGGACAUCACGUCGAGACGCGUUUGUCUCGCCUAUCGUGAACUAACACCUCCGUAUCUCGAAAAUGGAGAACAUCAAGAGGAAGCUUCUGAGAUUUUAAGGCAAGCUUCUCUUUUCUGGUGAUGUUAAUAUGAAAUUAAUAUUUUAAUAAUUGUUGCAUUUAUUUAUAAAAAGAAUAGAUAAUCCUUAAGGAUGUGUAUUAUUUGGCGUGAUAAAUGUAAAUACUGUUUUAAUAGAGUAAAGAUAUUUUAUUCUUAAUAUACAGUGCAUUAAGAAUGUACAGCAAAUAACAUCUCUCUGCAACAGUC